AUGGAAAUCGACACAACAGUCCUUCUUAGCCCAGUUGUUCAAAAAGAUGACAUGAAGAAGACGUACGACGGCUCCAUCCAGUUAAUUAUGGGCCCAAUGUUUUCUGGAAAGACGACGGAGCUAAUCCGCCUCAUCAAGCGGUUUACAGUCUCGAAGAAGCGGACAGUGAUCUUGAAGUACACCAAGGACGUGAGGUAUGGCGAAGUCAAUGAAGCUGUUUCGCAUGAUCAAGAGAAGUGGGAAGCGAUUCCCACGAUGGAAUUGAUGCCGUGUGUCAAAGAAGCACUUCAUUAUGAUGUUAUAGGGAUUGAUGAAGGGCAAUUCUUCCCCGACUUACUCGAGUUCUCCGAGUUAAUGGCGGACUAUGGAAAACGUGUGAUUAUAGCUGCACUUGAUGGGACCUUCCAGAGAAAAGUAUUUGGGCAGAUCACCGACAUCGUUCCUUUAUGUGAAAGUGUCCGGAAGCUCCGAGCAGUCUGUGUGUUUUGUGGCAACAAAGCUUCAUUCUCGAUGCGAACGACAGAAGAAGAGAGUGUUGAAGUCAUAGGUGGUGCUGAAAAGUAUUGUGCAGUGUGUAGAAAAUGUUAUCACGACAAGUGUGUCUUCCCACAGACUCGGAAGAUCAACGACUUCAUCGAGCCUUCCGAGAAAAGGAAAAGAAAAGAUCACGAGAAGCUUGACCAGUGGUCUUCCCUAAUAAUCCCAUCAGCAAUUUGUGAGGACAGCCAGACCGCGUGA